AUGGAUCUCGACCUUGCGUUAAGGACUAACUCUCCACCACCUCUUACAAACAAGAGUACCUCUGACAAAAAGAGGGAGAUGGAAAGGUGGAAGAGAUCAAAUCGCAUGUGUAUGAUGAUCAUGAAGAAGGCCAUUCCAGAAUCAUUCAGGGGCACUAUGUCUGACAAGGUUAAGACGGCUAAGGAAUUUAUUGCUGAAAUUGAAAAAGUAUUUGUCAAGAGUGAAAAGGCUGAAAUUGGUACACUUUUGGCAGGUCUGAUUUCAAUGAGGUACCAAGGAAAAGGUAACAUCAGGGAGUACAUCAUGCAGAUGUCUCAUCUUGCUUCAAAGUUGAAAGCACUUAAGUUGGAACUCUCUGAGGACUUGCUAAUGCAUCUAGUUUUAAUAUCCCUUCCAUCACAGUUUAGUCAUUUUAAGGUGAGCUAUAACUGUCAGAAAGAGACUUGGUCUCUGAAUAAGCUCAUCUCACACUGUGUUCAGGAAGAGGAUAGAUUGAAGCAAAAAAAGACAGAAAGUGCUUAG